AUGGAGAUGGAUCAGAAUAUCUCCCACACUGUGGCACACUGUGGCACCCAAUUCUUCAUCUGCUCGGACAAGUUGCGCAGUGGAGCAUCGUCUCAAAGUUUUUCGCCCAUGAACCAGCGAGAUCCUAGUGAUCGUCAUUCUUACCUUCCUAGGUGGUGGGGAAUUGCACCUGGAGACUAA